ACCACCUUUGUCACUUCAUAGACACAUAGAAGACAUGCUUUGAUUUCAGUGCAAAAGUACGCAAUUUGACGCGGAUACAUACAAAUAGUACCCACACUCAGCCAUAUUUGUAUGUCUCUAUGUAUAUGUUUUGAGUGGUGCUAAGGUUAGAUAAUUAGGAAUUUUUUUCAACUAUUUUCAAAGUUCCUAGCUCCUAGUCGUUGUGAUUUUCACAGGAACAUUUGGUAAAAUCAAGUUAAAGACAGAGAAGAAGAAGAAAGAGUUUGUAAAGUUCAAGCAAAAAUGGUUACUAGAACUGUGGAUCUCCGGUCUGACACAGUCACCAAACCAACUGAAACAAUGCGGGCUGCUAUGGCAACUGCUGAUGUUGAUGAUGAUGUUUUGUGCCAUGACCCGACUGCUUUACGCCUAGAAACAGAAAUGGCAAGGAUCACAGGCAAGGAGGCAGCCUUAUUUGUUCCCUCAGGCACAAUGGGUAACCUCAUUAGUGUGCUUGUACAUUGUGACAUUAGAGGGAGUGAAGUAGUUCUUGGAAACAAUUCCCAUAUACAUAUCUAUGAGAAUGGUGGCAUUUCAACAAUUGGAGGUGUACAUCCGAGGACUGUGAAGAACAACGAAGAUGGAACAAUGGAUAUUGAUUUGAUUGAAGCCGCCAUUAGAGAUCCUAGAGGGGCGCUUGUGUACCCCAUUACAAGGCUUAUCUGCUUGGAAAAUACACAUGCAAAUUCUGGAGGUAAAUGUUUGUCUGUAGAAUAUACGGAUCAAGUUGGUGAGCUAGCUAAGAAGCAUGGUUUGAAGCUUCAUAUUGAUGGGGCCCGCAUUUUCAAUGCAUCAGUUGCUCUAGGAAUUCCUGUUCAUAGGCUGUUGCAAGCUGCUGACUCAGCUUCGAUAUGUCUAUCGAAAGGUCUGGGUGCUCCAGUUGGAUCUGUUAUUGUUGGUUCCAAUAGCUUUAUUGCCAAGGCUAAAAUACUCAGGAAAACCUUAGGUGGUGGGAUGAGACAGGUUGGAAUUCUUUGUGCUGCUGCUAUUGUAGCAAUACAAGAGAAUGUUGGAAAGCUAGAGGGUGAUCACAAGAAUGCUAAGGUUCUAGCAGAAGGAUUGAAUAAAAUUAAAGGAAUAAGAGUGGAUGCUGCUUCAGUAGAGACCAAUAUUUUCUAUUUUGAUAUAGAAGAGAGCUCAAAGCAUACAGCAGAAUCACUAAGCAAGUACUUGCAACAACGUGGUAUACUUGUGAUGUUAGAGGGCCCAUCAAGAGUCAGGAUCGUCCUCCACCACCAAAUUUCUGAAAGCGAUGUGCAAUACACCUUGUCAUGCUUUCAGCAAGCUCUAACUGGAGUACCUGAUCAAAAUGGCAUCUAGUGGGAGAAAUUGUCAUCAUUUUCUGUAUCUCCAUUAAAUUUUAUAGCAAUCCUUAAAUGUCAUGGACAUGGGAACAAUUUCAUUAUCUUGGCUAUCUUCUAAAUGGGACAAUUUUUCGUUUUGAAUUGCAUUUAAACUAGGGAUAUUGAUCCUUUUCUGCGUA